AUGGAAAAGCUACGAACUCAUGAAGAGAUGCUUUUAGACAUGCAGACUAUAAUGGCUCAGCACGAAGUUCUCACCAACCAAGUUUUGCAGAAGACAACAGAAAAUGAGUUCGAUGGUGCGGAUGACAUCGAAGAAUUUGACAGAGCCACUGAAUCUCGGGAAGAAGGCACAGCAGAGUGGAUCUUCAAUGACCAGGCAUAUCGCAGCUGGCAAGCUGCUAUCAAAAAGCCACAGUCUUCUACAGAUCGCAGUAGUCAAAUAUUAUUGGUCACAGGUACAAAUUCUGUCAAUCGUGCUUCAAUGUACUCAUCGAUUCCAGGUAUGCCUGGGAGUGGCAAGACAGUACUUGCAGCCGCAGUGGUCAACAGCCUGCAAGCACUGAAUGGUGGUACAGACACAGCAGUCUGCUUCCACUUCUUCUCCUACCUCAAUUCGAGGAAAAUGUCAGUCACGGCGGCUCUCCAGGCCCUUUGCACUCAACUCUUGAAUAUCUUUUCAACGAAGGUUCCAGUUCUAGAAGCAGUUUCCUUCUUGAGUCGACAUGCACAAAUGCAAGGUAGAACAAAGCACACAAUUUCAGAACUGCAGGAUUUGCUGUCUCUCAUUUUGCAGCGCAUAAAUGCAUGCUACAUCGUUGUGGAUGCUCUCGAUGAAUGCGAAGACCCUGUCGCAGUGGUCAACCGUUUGGCUGCAGCCUGCCAGGAUACCAAAACACAGAUCAUCAUUUUCAGCAGACCGAACGUCGACAGUUUCAGAAGUUCGAAUGGCUACUUGCACAUAAAAAUCGAGACACAAAACACCAGUCCUGACAUAGAAGUCUACCUACGAUCACAGAUCGAGCUGCUGCAGGAAGACUCUCUGCUUCCCGACUGUGAAACUGAAACAAUUCUCCAAUGUCUUCUUAGAGGUGCUCAUGGAAUGUUUCUCUGGGCGCGUCUUAUGAUUGCUUACCUGAGGUCUCCAGCAUUGACCGCAACGAAACGACGAAACGCCAUACUAGACCUCAAGACUCCGGAAAGUUUAGAUGUAAUGUACCAUAGAAUCCUUCAGCUGAUUUCUGGGAAGAUCAAAGAAGAACAAGAGCUUGCACGGCAUAUUUUUGCAUGGGUUUCAUGUGGUGAGAAGCUCCUUAAUACUCAGGAACUGGAGUCUACAAUCAAUCCACAACUCAAGGUGUUUGAUACUAGCGUUCAUGAUGUGCCUACAGACGCUUACCCAGAUUUCGAACAUACAGUUGUAAUGGUGAGCGGAAGCCUCGUGGAAAAGUAUGCCGGAACAUUCCGAUUCAUACACAAGUCAGUGCAAGACUUUUUCCGAACCGACUGGACACAAAGACAACAAUCCAUGGAUAAGUUUGGCUCAGCAGAUUCUAUCCGGCCGACAGUGUUCGAAGCGCACACUAUAUUGGCUUCCACAUGUCUCUCCUAUCUUCUAUUUCAAGCUCCAUUGUCACCCCUAUCAGGUGAUAUGUUUCAACCUGCAAAGAAAACAGACAUCCGAACGGUAUUCCCUCUACUUGAGUAUGCGUCUUGCUGUUGGGGCCGCCAUCUGAGAGACUCAAUUCCUGAGGGCGCCGGACCUACAGUCUUCAUUAAAUUAUGGCGGCCUCAAUUCGCAAAUCUAUCCCAUCGGCUUUCCCAGUUUCUCGAUUCCCAGCUACUGUUGAUGUCCUGGGUUGAGUCUAUUUACAUAUUUCUUCAAACCACUAGGCACCUAGACCUAUAUGAAGAUUUGCGACAAUGGUCGACUACUGUUGAAGAAUCUAGUGAAAUCUACCUCGGGUCAAGAGGUUCGAAGGUUCACCGAGAAAGAAGUGUAACACUUCUAGAAUUCUGCGCAAUUCUUGAGCAGUACUUCGAGCUUUGGUCCAAAGUGCUCUCGGCGGAGCCUCACCAGAUAUGGCAGGAUAUUACAGCGUAUACGCCAAGCAAGUUCUUUCGAUCCACAAAAGCGACAGAUGUUAGGUCAAUGCCUGCCCGCAGACCGCAAGGUGAUAAAAAUAGCAUCAAGCCAGUGGCGACGAUGUCUAAGCAUUGUGUUCGGAAAGAGUCUUUAGCAAUCUUGACAGUAUGGGCAUCUAGGUCAUUCGAAAUCCUUUGGUCUGAUUUCCUUGCCGGUAAACGCAACGUCGACUUGGGUGAGCACUGUAGCAACUGGGUUGUUCGCUAUGAGGUCGGGAACUCCGAUUCCCCUACAAUGGAACCCCGUGAGGAAUAUCAAUUCGAUCUUGACCGAAAAGAGAUUGAGGUCCAGCUCCAGAGAUACCUUGCUUUCGUCAAGACCACCCAUAAAGGAGCCCAAAAGUGGGCGUUUCCAUUUCCAAUAGCGAUAUCUGAAGAUUUGACCACGUUUUCAGUUCUUCUGGAGGUAUUUCGACAAAGCCGGUGCUCAGAGACGCUGCAUGAAUGGGCAAGGUUGAUACUUCCAGAAGACUCGAUCCGCCGCCGACCCGGAGGAGCGCAGUCUCUCCCAGAUUUUCAGCAGCAAAAACAUGCGCACCCACUAGGACAGCAAGAUCAAGAACUAGUGAUCCGCGUAUGCCCAUUUUAUGCCCUCAAAUUCAACGACUCCUCAAGCUCGGUGCUGUACAUGGAGAAGAAGAUUCUGAAUACACGAGUGAAAGACAACACAACCUAUCUGCUUGCAGUAUUCAGCGUCCGGGAGUUACAGGAUGCAUAUGAAUUUAUCCUAACUGGCUCAAUGCAGCAGGCUAAAGGGGACGCGCAAUUCAGAUUUUGUACUUUCCAUCCUUUCUUGCCACUUCUCCUCUACCACCAGCGCACCUUACUUUCGGGGAUUUCUGAAAUUCAGCUUUGGGCAUACGAGACGUCACAACACGACUGCUUCCCUUUCAAAGGAGGGCUCGAGGACUUGAGCUUCUCUGCAUGCGGUACAGAAAUUGUCGCCAAGCACUGUGGUAAUCCACGCCCCGAGACUCGUUCUAUCAGCAACAGUCCGUUAGUGCUUGCACUGCGAGGAGCUAGCAAUACACCUAGCGCCAAAUGCAGGAAACGUGCUAGACGGGAUUCUGAAGAUGAUAUGGUGUCUUCUCGAAGUUUAGCCCUCAAUUCAGUUCAGCCUUGGGCCACAGGUGCAGAUUUGGCCGCGGGCGGCUUUUCGUCUGGCCAGCUUACUAUGUCUAGUGACUCCGUGACUCAGAUAUCGUAUGUAAGCAACUCGAAACGCUCCAAGAACGCGAUUACACUAAGGCAUCGCUCCGACAGGGCAGAAGUGCAUCAGACUUUAACGCACUUACCCGAUAUUGAUGGCAUCGACGAGGUCUCUAUUAGUGUGGAAAACGCAGCGCAGAGCGCUUUAGGAGAUAGUGAAUUCGAUGUCGGGAGUGGGAAUGUCGACAGGCACAAGAUUAGGCUGUUCCUGAAUCAGCGUGCGGCCGAUUUCUCCACCAUGGAGCAGCCACUCAGCGCGCAUUUGCCGGCGAUAGUUACAAAGGACGUUAGAGCGCUUGAACCGGCAACCAAGCGUGGAGAGGCUCCUAGGAAGGCUAAGACCCUACGCAUAGAACAUCCUGUCAGUACCAACGACGGAGAGGUGCAAGAUGCCAAUUUUGUGGGACAGCUGCAUAUGCAAUAUCCGCCCAACAUUAUCGAGAUUAGUGACGAGGACGAGGAAGCAGAGUACUUGUAA